AUGAUAGGAUGUGACAGAUGUCAUGUUUGUCUAGAUAUGAAUCAGAUAUGCGACGGUGUUGUCCAAUGUCCGAAUGGAGAUGACGAACGAUUAUGCAAUUUCCAGUGUCCAGAAAAUUGCGCAUGCAAUGAUCUUUCUAUUGUUUGCACCGGUGCUUUGAACGGAAACGAAGAACUCGUGUCCAUAGAGCCCGGGACAUUUAAUGGUUUGAAAGUAGAUAAACUAUCGUUAAAGCAGUGCGGUUUUGGAAAGGACAUGUUUUAUGGGGUACUUUCUCUUUCGGAGCUGCAAACACCAAAAUUUAAAUUUUGUUGCAUCCGACCUUCUUACCUCUUAGAAGAAAGGUGUGUGCCUCGUCGAGACGAAAUUUCGUCCUGCGAUGAUUUGAUUGUUAAUUCAGCACUUCAGGCACUAUUAUGGGUGACGGGCCUUCUUGCUGUUCUAGGAAACAUUUUAUCUUUGCUGUUUCGAUGUAUGUAUGACCGAGAAAAUUUGAAACAUGGAUAUGGAAUAUUUGUAUCGAAUCUUGCAGCAGCGGACUUAUUAAUGGGAUUGUACAUGCUUAUAAUAGGGAUCGCAGAUACAAAAUUCAGAGGAAGGUACAUAGAAUUUGACGAAAUUUGGCGCACGAGCUUUUGGUGCCAUCUGGCUGGUGUUUUAUCAACAUGUUCAUCAGAAGCCAGUGUACUUUUUAUUUGCCUUAUUACGCUUGACAGAAUAGUGGUGAUCAAAUAUCCGUUUGGCCAGGUACGAUUUUCUACUUCUUCUGCUGUUAUGACUUCUCUGGCGUGUUGGAUAGUUGCAUUCAUGGCAGCUACGAUUCCUUUAUUACCCGGUUCGUACUUUGAUGGGACAUUUUACACGUCCAGAGCCGUAUGCACAGCUCUACCGUUAACAAGGGAUCGACAAUCGGGAUGGGCUUAUUCUGUCGCCAUGUUUAUUGGAUUUAACUUUGUGUCCUUUAUAGUCAUUGCAUUCGGACAAUCCAUAAUAUUUUAUGUGAUAAGAAAAGCACCCUCCAGAAGAGCACGUUUGAAUGUCAAUACAUCGAAUGACUUCAAAGUGGGCAGGACGUUAUUGCUUGUUGUAGCUACUGACUUUCUGUGCUGGUUUCCGGUUGGUUUAAUGGGCAUGCUUGCAUUGUUUGACGUACCUAUACCAGGAGUGGUUUAUGCAUGGACUGUUGUUCUAGUCCUACCGGUUAAUUCUGCACUAAACCCAUUCCUGUACACCAUAUCAAUGCUUCUCAGCCGAGAACGUUAG